CCUCCUCAGGAAGAUGAAAAAUAAUUUGAAGAAAAAAGGAAAACUUUUGUCUAUUGCCAAAGAUUGUGAAGUAGAAGUAUCUAUUCAAGAAGAUGGGUUCAGAGGUUCUUGGUAUAGAGCUAUCCUCGAGCAAAAUCCGACGAGAGUAACAGGAAAAAAGCUUCGGGUUAGUUACAAAACUAUGUUCAACGAAGAUGGUGUAAGUCCUUUGAAGGAAACUAUUGAAAGAAGUUUUAUUCGGCCAGUCCCGCCAGAGUGUCUGAAUGAGGGUGUCGUAUUCAAGGAAGGGUCGGUGGUGGAUGCUUAUUUUAAUAAUGGUUGGUGGACUGGUGUUAUCGUAGUUGAAAGGCCAGAUGGUAGUUUUUUGGUUUACUUUGAUGAUCCACCAGACAUAAUGAGAUUCAUCAGAAGCCAACUGAGACCUCAUGCUGAUUGGAUCGGCUCCAAAUGGGUCAAAAGCAAAAACAAGGUAUUGAGUCAACACAUGUUUACGAGAGGGAAGUUGGUGGAAAUGACCCGUGAAAUUAGUGAAAGUGAAAAGGAAAAAAUUUGGGUCCGAGCAUUGGUAAUUACAGAAGUUCGGAAACAAGGAGAUGAUAGAAGAAAAUUUCUGAUCAAAAGAUGUACAAUCUCACAAAAUUCGAGUGAUGAAGCGGAAGGAAAACAUUUAAUAGUUGAUAUUUGCAAAAUAAGGCCAUCUCCUCCUCGAGAUCUUUGUGCAGAGUACAGUCUGAACGACUAUGUUGAAGUGGUUGUUACCCAUGGGUGGCGCAAAGGUCGAGUGACGGAAAUUCUCCUUGAAAACAAAUACAAAGUGUAUUUCGCUGCCACAAAAGAGGAUGCGGUUUUUAAUUAUACUGAGAUUAGGCUGUCAAUGGAGUGGCUAGGUGGUGGUAGUUGGAUUCGCGCACAUGAGAGAGAAUUUGAAAAUAAUGCUGGCACACCAAUCAGACCCGGUCAAGAUAGUCCUAGUAACACACUUGCCACCGAUGAAGAUGAUACGUUGAAUGAUGAUGCCACCAAAAUCAGAUCCGAUCAAGAGAGCCCUAGUAUCACACUUGUUUUAGAAUCCAAUGAAGAGGAUAAGGUGAAUGAUGAUGCCACAGAAAUCACAUCCUCUCUCGAGAGACACAGAAACACUUCUGUUUUAGAAGCCACUGAGGCUGAAACACAAAACCAUGAAACCAUAUAUGGAAAGGAGUUACCAUUACCUCAUGAAUCAGAAGAUAUGAUGGAUGAUGUAGCCACUCCAAUCAUAGACCCUCAAGAGAUUCCACGAGGUGAAACGAUGAGUGAGUCUAAUGACAAGAUUGCUUUGCCAAAAAGAAUCUCCGAAACUGGUACAAAAGGAGUCGUAUUGCAAAGAAUUAACAAGCGCUCCAAUCUGAAGUUGGUUGGUAAAGUUGAAACCCUUUUGGGCAAAGAAUUCAAGAAGCUUGAAGAUUCAUUCUUGGCUCCGGUAAUUAAGAUGGGAAGGAAGCAGAAGCUUAUGGUGUUUUCAAGGCAUUUGAUUCAUCACUUACUCUUAAGGAGAAUUGAUAUAGGCGAGAAGGGUUUGUGGUUUACUUUUGGAGAACAACUAAUGAGGUUUUCUCUAAGAGAAUUCCACUUGACAACGGGUCUGCCUUGUGUUGUUGAUAAAGAUGAAGAUGAAGCCGAGACUUCAGCAACAAAAAAGAAGAAGAAAGAUCCAUGGAUGAACAAGAAUCAAACUCUAAACACCUUGCUUAAGCUUCUUGUCGAAAAGAGUAAAGAGCUUACUGCUGAUCAGAGAUUAAGAUUGGGAGCUACAAUCCUUGUGGAAGGGAUAUUGAUGGCAAGCAAUCCGGUGACAAGUAUUCCAGAAGAGCGUCUGCUUAGAGCUAGAAAUUUCAAAGAGUUUUGCAAGUAUCCCUGGGGGAAUUUGGCCUUUGAUUAUUUACUGAAAGAAGUGAAGAGCUUUACCUAUGCAAAGCUGACGGAGAAUAAUCAAUACGCGAUUUGUGGCUUUAUAUAUGCGCUUCAGCUCUGGGCGUUAUCUUCUGUGAAUCAACUAGGCACAUUCUUUGGUAUUAGCGAUGAUGGAAUUCAGUUUCCCUUGUGCUUGCAUUGGAAAGAAACCAAAGCGCUUACUAUUGAGGAGGUUAACAGAUUCGACCAAAUGGAGAAGGUUGAUGUCAAAUGUAUCCUUGGAGAUCCCGGAUUGCAUAGCGACUUGGUUGAAGAUGUUGACUGUGAAUUUGGAAGAGUUGUUGAUCUUGUCAAAAGAGGAUAUCGUUUGAAGAGACAAGAUUGGCUCAAUAGAAGUGUCGACAUUGCCGUUGCUGAAGCUGAAGUGGACGAAAAUAAUUCUGUUCCUGGGAUUGAUGCAACUGAUCAAGAAAAGAUUGAAUUCCUCAAUAAUAAGGUAGUGUCUCUUGAAGAAAGAGUGAAGUACCUUGAAGGUCUUUUGAACAUUCGUGGAGAAACUGUGAAGGAAACUGAGAAGUCAAAAGAAACUGAAGCCGCCACAAAAACCAAGGUAAAUGGACAGAAUGCCGAUUAUGAACUUGACGAAAAUGAAGUUUUAGGAGUUUAUAUAGAUGCCAAAAGAAAGGAAAUCGCUAAGAGAAAGAAGAAUGGUGUAAGACCUCCACGUGAAGUAGGACAUCAAGAUGAAGAUGAUGUAGAAGUCGAAGUCAAUGAAGAACAACCACAAGAAGAAGAGGAACAACAACAAGAAGAUGAUACAGAAGACGAUGUGGACGAUGGUGAUAAAGAGAGUGAAAAUCCGGAAACCAAUGAAGGACAGACACAAGAGGAAGAGGAACAACACCAAGAGGAUGACGCAGAAGUCAAUGAAGAACAGCCACAAGAAGAAGAGGAACAACAAGAAGAAGAGGAUACAGAAGACGAUGUGGACGACGGUGAUAAAGAGAGUGAAAAUCCGGAAACCAAUGAAGAACAGAAACAAGAGGAAGAGGAGCAACAACAAGAGGAUGACACAGAAGUCAAUACAGAUGUUGACGUCGGUGCUAAGGAAAAUGGAUCUGAAAACCCCGUGAAAGGUUCAAAGAAACGUGGAAGAAAGGUAAAUAUCUCUCAGUGUAUAAGGGUUUAUAAAAUGUUGUUUAGUAUAAUCUAUGUAACUUUUUUUAUUGUGUCAUCAAAAUUGAAGGAUGGAGAAGAAAAUGAGGAUGCAUAUGAAAAGCCCGUGAAGGUUACAAGGAAAAGUGAAAGAGUAACUAAGGGUGGAGAAGUAAAUGAGGAUGCAUCUGAAAAGCCCAUGAAGGGUACAAGGAAAAGUAAAAGAGGAACUAAGGUGAAUAUCUCUCAGUGUAUAAGGGUUUAUAAAAUGCUGUUUAGUAUAAUCAAUGUAACUUUUUUUAUUGUGUCAUCAAAAUUGAAGGGUGGAGAAGUAAAUGAGGAUGCAUCUGAAAAGCCCAUGAAGGGUACAAGGAAAAGUAAAAGAGGAACUAAGGUGAAUAUCUCUCUGUGUAUAAUGCUUUAUAAAAUGUUGUUUAGUAUACUCUAUGUAACUUUUUUUAUUGUGUCAUCAAAAUUGAAGGAUGGAGAAGAAAAUGAGUAUGCAUAUGAAAAGCCCGUGAAGGUUACAAGGAAAAGUGAAAGAGUAACUAAGGGAAAGAAGAAAGGUGUAACACCCCCACGUGAAGUACAACAACAAGUAGAAGAUCAUGCAGAAACCAAUGAAGAUGGAGAAGGGAAUGAGGAUGCAUCUAAAAAGCACGUGAAGUUUACAAAGAAGAAUGGAAGAGGAAAUAAGGAACACAAUGUUGGCACCCCCAAAUCGAAAAAACAAAAGAAACAAUUUGAGAAAGAUUCAGCUGAUGAUGUGAUAGGAAGUGUUUUGGAAGAUCUUAAAAAUGCCGAUUAGAAGCAUCGCGAAUUUGAAGAAAUGAAGCUCUUUCAGUUUUUUAGUACUUUUAACAAAUAUCUAUGGAACUUUUUCAGUUUUAGUGUGUUAUCUUUUGAUGAUGUCUUCAAUGAGGAACAUCUUUUGGCUUGUCCCUUAAUCCUUCAUGAUGAGGAAAAUAUAUUUUGGUUUGUACCUUAAACCUUUGCUAAGGAAACAUAUUUUAUUUAUGUUCA